AUGGCUGAUAAAGGUGGGAAGAUCCUUCCAGGACAAUUGUAUAUUGAAGUGGAGUAUGACUAUGAGUAUGAGGCUAAGGACAAGAAAAUUGUGAUUAAGCAAGGGGAGAAAUACAUCUUAGUGAAAAAGACUAACGAUGAUUGGUGGCAAGUCAAAAGAGAUGAAAACUCUAAACCCUUUUAUGUGCCAGCACAGUAUGUGAAGGAAAUACCACGAAAAGCGCUGAUGCCACCUGUUAAGCAAGCAAGCAUGCUGCCAAAUAACGCUUUGAAGUUGACACAUGGAUUACAGAGAUCGACUGAAAAUGUGAAUAAGUCACCAGAGCUUUCUAGUUUUGGAAAAUCUUCUCCAGUUCAAGUGUCUUGCUUAGUUCGAGAUGCCAAUCAAAAUCUGGGACCGAACAAUAGCCCUGGUCAGACUCUUGGUCUGAGUCUGGACCUUACCCAAAACAAUGGAAAACUUAAUAAUGAGUUGCAAUCUCCCAAGGUUUCCAAUCAGUAUAGAACCGUCUCCAUGGGUCAUUUCCCAUGUCCAGAGUUCUUGGAAAUAGAAAAGACCAGCUUUUUGCAUGAACAAUCUUGUGAUUCAGCAGGUGCAGGUUCUGCAGCUGUACAAGAACACGUAGAGACAGGGGAAGAGUUGGGAAGUUCAGAGAUCGAAGAGGAGCGGCCAACUACUCCACCAAGCCAAGGGAGGCCUGAUUCACCAGUUUAUGCUAAUUUACAAGAACUGAAAAUAUCUCAGUCUGCACUUCCACCACUACCUACAAGUGCUCCAGUCCAAAUAAAUGGGGAAUGGGAAACCCAUAAAGAUACGACAGGACGCUGUUAUUACUACAACCGAGGAUCACAGGAACGAACCUGGAAACCUCCGCGGUGGGCCCGAGAUGCAAGCAUUAAUAAAGGGGAUUCCCAGAGCCAUGCAGAUCAUGAGCAUCUUUCAUCAGAAGAAAACGACCACAGUUCUUGUUACAGCCAGUCAGAUAGUCAGUAUGGUUCUCCUCCAAAGGGUUGGUCAGAAGAGUUGGAUGAACAUGGUCAAACCUUAUAUACCAAUGACUAUACUAAUGAAAAGUGGAUAAAACAUGCAGAUGAACAAGGCAGACCAUACUACUACAGUGCUGAUGGUUCCCGAUCAGAAUGGGAGUUACCCAAGUAUAAUGCUUCACCACAGCAGCAGAGAGAUAUAAUAAAGAGUAGGAGUCUGGACAGGAGGCUACAAGAACCAAUAGUUUUAACAAAAUGGAGGCACAGCACAAUUGUGUUGGACACCAACGAUAAGGAAUCAUCAACUGCUUCUAAGGCCAGUUUUCCUGAAAAUGAGUCCUCUCCUUCUUCACCAAAGCAUCAAGCCACAGGUCAAGAGAAGUACGGGUUAUUGAAUGUGACAAAAAUUACAGAAAAUGGGAAGAAAGUUCGAAAGAAUUGGAUGUCAUCAUGGGCAGUGUUACAAGGUUCAUCACUGCUGUUCACUAAAACCCAAGGAAGUGGAACUGGCUGGUUUGGUGUCAAUCAGUCUAAGCCAGAAUUUACAGUGGAUCUCAAAGGGGCAUUGAUUGACUGGGCUUCAAAGGACAAAUCCAGCAAAAAGAAUGUUAUUGAGCUAAAAACCCGCCAAGGAACUGAGCUCUUAAUUCAAUCCGAUAAUGACAGCUUUAUUAAUGAAUGGUAUAAGGUUCUUAACUAUACCAUCAACAAUCAGGUAGUAGAGUCUGAUGAAGCAUUAGAAGAUGAUGUACCAGAUUCCCCUGGGGUGGAAAAACAAGACAAAGAAAAAGAGAAAGAGAAUAAAGACUCUAAGAAACUUCGUUCAGUGAAAGCACCUAGCAAUAUAGAUUCCACAGAUCAGAAAAAGACCAAAACGAAGCUCAAGAAGUUUCUUACACGGCGCCCUACGUUACAAGCUGUCCGUGAAAAAGGCUACAUUAAGGAUCAAGUGUUUGGUUCCAAUCUCACCAGCUUGUGUCAAAGAGAAAACAGCACGGUGCCAAAGUUCGUGAAGCUGUGCAUUGAGCAUGUUGAGGAACAUGGAUUAGAUGUUGAUGGCUUAUACCGAGUUAGUGGCAAUCUUGCAGUGAUACAGAAGCUAAGAUUUGCAGUCAAUCAUGAUGAGAAACUAGACUUGAAUGACAGUAAAUGGGAAGAUAUACAUGUCAUCACAGGAGCUCUAAAGAUGUUUUUCAGAGAAUUGCCAGAGCCGCUGUUCACUUAUAAUCACUUCAAUGACUUUGUCAAUGCAAUUAAACAAGAACCAAGGCAGCGCGUCCAUGCUGUUAAAGAUUUAAUCAAACAGUUGCCAAAACCAAAUCAGGACACCAUGCAGGUACUCUUUAGACACCUGAAGAGAGUUGUAGAAAAUGGAGAAAAGAACCGAAUGACCUAUCAAAGCGUAGCAAUAGUUUUUGGUCCAACAUUAUUAAAACCAGAGAAAGAGACUGGUAACAUAGCAGUCCACACAGUAUACCAGAAUCAGAUUGUAGAAUUAAUUCUACUGGAAUUGAAUUCCAUCUUUGGACGCUGACAUUUUUCUUGGAAUAGAAACUGGAAGUGAUGGGUUGGCAGCAGUACUCCAUCAGAAGGAAAAUUUCUCACUGUACAUGAUGGAUUAUGUUUGUGGACCAAGCAGCAACUUGUUUUUUGCACUUUUGGGGAGGGGAGAAACAGGAGAAAUGUUUGACCACUUUAAUGCGAAUUAAAGACAACACUUUGGAUUUCUUUGAGAAGUUCAAUGUAAAAAAGUGAAUCGAGAAGUUUAUAGUUUGCUUUUUUUAAAGUAGCGUUGGAAAAAUGUAAUAUAGGUUCAUA